AUGCACAGCGGUAUUCCUGCUCCCGAUCGCGACGACAAUCCAAAGUGGAACGUGUCGGAUCUCCUUCGUGGCAUCACUCCCAAGAGCAUGUUGAUUGAAUGGUCCGCGGUCUUCCGAACCCCUAUGUCCGUCGCCAAGACGAUCCUGCACAAGUUUGUUGGCCACCUGGAGAUGCAAGCCUCGGAGCUGAUCUGGAAACCCCGGAGAUCCGCGACGAUCGCGUGGGAGCAGACCCAAGGAAUCUCUGCCAAAGACAAGACGUCCAAAUACAUGGGUCUCUAA